AUGAUUGUUCGCAAAAGUCUUGGGUCGCGUAGCUUCCCGUCGAACGCGAUCAAUUCCCCCUUUAAAAGUCCUGUAAGCGCGCAGAAACGAACGCGAGAAUGCCGGGACCGGGGUACGGAAAAGGACAAGGCAGAAAAGCCAACGAAACCAAAGAUGUCGGUUUCCGCAUACGAACAGAUGAUUGCGAAGAUUCUGAGUCAACCGUUCAAAGUACCGAUUGCGAACUACGUCCCCGAGCACACCACACGAUGCUUGGGCAUGAAAAGAUCCGCACCUCGACGGGCCAUGCACGAUCCGUUCGCGUGUAAUGCCCUCGUUCUGUUUGCCCCGCCGGAGCUAACCGAACACGAUAAGCUCAAGAUGGAUAAGAACAAGAUACAGGUGCACGUGGUGGUUGACCCUCUGCUCGGUAACAUUUUGCGGCCACAUCAACGCGAAGGGGUGAAGUUCAUGUACGACUGUGUCACCGGGGUCAAGGGUGACUUCAACGGAUGCAUUAUGGCCGAUGAAAUGGGACUUGGUAAAACGUUGCAAUGCAUCACGCUUCUGUGGACGUUACUGCGUCAAAGCCCUGAUUGCAAACCCACCAUCAAUAAGGCCAUCAUCGUGUGUCCCAGUUCGCUGGUGAAGAAUUGGUACAAGGAGUUCGACAAGUGGCUUGGCUGCCGGGUGAAUUGCCUCGCGAUGGACGGUGGCUCGAAGGAGCACACGACGAAGGAAUUGGAGCAGUAUAUGUGCAACCAGAGCCAACGGCAUGGCACGCCCGUCCUGAUCAUCAGCUAUGAAACGUUUCGGAUAUACGCGUCCAUACUGAACCAAUCUGAGGUUGGGGCGGUGCUGUGUGAUGAGGGCCAUCGAUUGAAGAACUGCGAAAACCUUACGUAUCAAGCGUUGAUGGGUCUGCAAACAAAGCGCAGAGUUUUGCUUUCCGGCACGCCAAUUCAGAACGAUCUCACGGAGUAUUACAGUUUGUUGCAUUUCGUCAAUCCCGGAAUGCUUGGUUCAACGGCCGAAUUCAGGAAACAGUUUGAGAAUCCCAUUCUCCGUGGACAGGACGCAAACUCGACGGAAUCGGAACGCGAGAAGGCAACCGAGCGGCUGCAGGAGCUAACAGGGCUCGUAAAUCGAUGCAUGAUUCGACGAACGAGUGCCCUGCUCACGAAGUACCUCCCGGUGAAGUUCGAGAUGGUCGUAUGCGUGCGUAUGACCGACGUGCAAAAGGAAUUGUACAAAAACUUCCUCAAGUCCGACUCGAUCCGACGCAGCAUGCUCGAAAAAUCAGCUCCGAAAGCGAGCCUCACUGCGCUAUCCAACAUUACCUCGUUGAAGAAACUGUGCAAUCAUCCGGAUCUCGUGUACGAAAAGAUACAGGAGCGUGCCGAUGGGUUCGAGAAUGCGGCCAGCAUCUUGCCGGCCAACUACAACCCGCGCGAGUUGCGACCGGAGCUCGGUGCGAAGCUGAUGUUGCUUGAUUGUAUGCUCGCUUCGAUCAAGGCGAACUCCACCGACAAGAUCGUCCUCGUGUCGAACUACACCCAGACGCUUGACUUGUUCGAGAAAUUGUGCCGCAAGCGCGGCUACGGUUACGUGCGGCUCGAUGGUACAAUGACGAUCAAAAAACGUGGCAAGGUUGUCGAUGAGUUCAACCGGCCCGAUUCGAAGGAUUUCAUCUUCAUGCUCAGCUCGAAGGCGGGUGGCUGUGGGCUGAACCUGAUAGGUGCGAACCGGCUCGUAAUGUUCGAUCCGGACUGGAAUCCGGCCAACGACGAACAGGCAAUGGCACGUGUGUGGCGUGAUGGGCAGAAAAAGCCCUGCUUCAUCUACCGUCUACUAGCGACGGGUACGAUCGAGGAGAAGAUCUUCCAGCGUCAAACGCACAAGAAGGCCCUCUCGACGACGGUGGUUGACAACGCGGAGGAUGGCGAGCGGCAUUUCACCCAGGACGAUCUGAAAGAUCUGUUCAAGCUGGACGAACAAACUUGUUCGGACACGCACGACAUUUUCCGCUGCAAGCGUUGCAGUAACGGCGUGCAGACAAAGCUACCGCCGGAUGAUAGCGACUGCAUGUCCGACCUGGUGCACUGGUACCAUUGCGCCAAUAAUAAAGGCAUUCCGGACGAUAUCCUGUCGAAAUCGUGGGACAUCACCAGGUGCGUAUCGUUCGUAUUUCACCAUCGCUCGAAUUCCGCCGUCGUCGAACAACAGCUGGCGGAACAGAAGCGCCAGCAGGCUCUGGCGGCCGAGCAGGAAGAGAAAGAAGAAGAAGAGGACAAAGAAAACACGAAGUAUGAAUCCUGCCCGGAGGAAGAUGAGGAAGAAAAGGAUGACGAAAACGACGAAGAUUUCGUUCUCUAG